GUUCCAUUUCUAUGGACAUGACAUGACACGACAAGUCGAGGCGCACCACUUCUGUGGGCACCAAAACGAGGAAUUCAGGCAAUGCCUCAUUUACGACAGGCCUGACUCCGAUGGUCGUCUAAUCGGACUCGAGUACAUUGUAUCGGAGGAACUGUUCUUGACAUUGCCAGACGACGAAAAGAAAUUUUGGCAUUCUCAUUUGUACGAGGUGAAAAGCGGUGUCCUGUUCAUGCCCGGUGUUCCAGGCCCGAUUCAACGACAAGAUCAUGAAAAAACCGUGAAAACUUAUGGCAAAGUGAUACAUUUCUGGCAGGUUGAUAGAGGUGAUACACUUCCUUUGGGAAUUCCUCAAGUUAUGAUGGCGCUUACUAGAGAUGGUCAACUCGAUCAGAACCUUGCUCAAGAUGUGGAGAAACGUUUUGGUGUGUCAUUUGAUGAAGAAAGGGAGAAGAGGGCAUACAUGGAAGGUCCUGCCCAUGGGAUUCACCCACUUGCUAAUGCUGGAGGCAAAGGCAUUCGCACUCUCCUUAGAGAAGUUGAUUGUAAACCUAUCGAAUCUGUCCCUAGAGUUUUUGUUUAA